AUGGACGAAUUGCCAGGGUCAUUGGGCACCAGUGCCAGCUUGGCUCUGCGCUUCGGCCAGACCAUCUUCUCCACUGCCUCCCUUCUCUUCAUGUGCUUGGACAUCCAGUUCUACAGCUACACAGCUUUCUGUUAUUUGGUGACAGUAAUGGGUUUGGUAGUUCCAUGGGGCAUGACUUUGGUGAUAGCGGAUGCCUACUCUGUCUUUGUUAAAUGUUUGCCUCGUCAACCAAGAAUACUUCUAAUCAUCAUUCUAGGAGACUUGGCCUUAUCGUAUCUCUCACUCGCUGCAGCCUGCUCAACGGCUAGUACCACAAAUCUCCUACUUGAUUCCGAUGAAUCGUACUGCCCGGGAAAGUUAUGUACUAGAUAUCAGUUAUCCGCUGCAAUGGCUUUCCUUUCUUGGUUCCUUUCACUCGGUUCCGCUCUGUUCAAUCUUUGGCUUCUUCCUUCUUUGUAA